GGUUUAUCACCCGUCAUCUUCGUCGGCGAAAUCAAUUUUCGGACUCCGUCGAAUUCGAAUUUUCAGAAAUGGGAGACAAGAGGAAGAAGACGUUCAUGUUCAUCCGUCUAGUUUCAGCAGCUGGAACUGGAUUCUUCUAUGUCAAGAGGAAGAGUACCAAGGGACUUCUUGAGAAGCUCGAGUUCCGUAAGUACGAUCCUCGAGUUAAUCGCCAUGUCCUCUUUACAGAGCAGAAAAUGAAGUGAUAAGACAAAAGAAGCUUGCUUUUGCCUGUUAUGGCUAUCAUAGAUCAAAUAAACGUUUCAAUUUAGAGUUCUAUCGAAACUCUUUGUAGGAUUCUCUAAAACUUAAGUGCAGAUUGAUUGUAUUGUGAUCAAUUUCGACACCCUUGUUGAUUUCCAAAUGAAUGUACUGUGAGUGUUAAAUCGAAUUACUCAUGCGUUCAUCUAAUCUAGGUACUUGAAAACUGAUCACAAGUUAGAUUGAUCAGCAAGCGAUAUGUAG